UGGCCGGCUGGGGGAGGAGUUGCCUGCUAGGGCCCUUCCUUCUCGGGUUGCACCCGGGGCCCAGAGCGGCUGAACGCCCAGGGAAGAGCCCAGUCGACAAACAAACUCGCUGCUGGGAAGCCGGGAGAGAGAGACCAGCUGGAGAGGCUCAGACCCCAGGUGCUUGAGAGCUAGUCUGAGCAUUUGGAAGUCCCCAUGUCGUACCCCAGUGCUCCCCCGCCCUACGAUGACAAGAAUCCUCUCUACCCCCCGCAGCCUGGGGGCCACCCGCAGCCCGGAGCCUAUCCCGGGGGCUACCCACAACCUGCACCCUAUCCUGGGAGCUACCCACAGCCCGGAGGGUAUCCUGGGGGCUACCCUCAGCCAGGAGGAUAUACCCAACCAGGAGUCCCGUUACCCCCCAUGUCAACACUCCCGAUGAACCUAGGAGACAGCUAUGGCAGUGGUGGCUCGGGGGAGGAGGAUGGGCUGAGAGCAGGGACCAUGGAUGACAAGAGAGUGCGACAUGCCUUCAUCCGCAAGGUCUACACCAUCAUCUCAGUCCAGCUGCUGGUGACCGUGGGCAUCAUUGCCGUGUUCACCUUCGUCUCCCCCGUCCAUGCCUUUGUGCAGAGGAACAUUGCUGUGUAUUACUCCUCUUACGCUGUGUUCCUGGUCAGCUACCUGGUGCUGGCCUGCUGCCCGGGCCCCAGGAGACGCUUCCCCUGGAAUCUCAUCCUGCUGGCCAUCUUUACGCUGGCCAUGGGCUUCAUGACAGGAACCAUCGCCAGCAUAUAUAGCACCCGGGCUGUCCUGAUUACCAUGGUAAUCACUGCUAUAGUGGCCAUAAUUGUCACUGUCUUCUGCUUCCAGACCAAGGUGGAUUUCACCUCGUGUACCGGGCUGUUCUGUGUGCUGGGGAUUGUCGUCAUGGUGACGGGAAUAAUCACCGCCAUCGUCCUCUCCUUCAAAUAUAUUGUGUGGCUCCACAUGCUGUACGCGGCCAUUGGCGCGAUCGUCUUUACCCUGUUCCUAGCUUACAACACCCAGCUCGUGCUGGGGAACAGGAAGAACUCGAUCAGCCCCGAGGAGUACGUCUACGGAGCCCUGGAGAUCUACAUGAACAUCGUCCAGAUCUUCAUCUUCCUACUGCAGAUCGUGGGCCGGAGCUAGAGCCUCCACGGAGCUCCCGGCGGGAAUUGCCCCGGGCCCAGGAGCAGUCCAAGAACACCUUGCCGCCUUCCUUUCCCUUGUCCUUUCCCACUCCCUGCCCCAGCGUGUCUCUCCCAGGCCAAUGGCCUCUGGUUUCCCUUCUCACCUGGGGAGCCCAGCAUGGCUGCUCAUAGAGGGGUGGCAGGCAAGACUGGCCCAUCUGUCCUGCAGAAUAACAAGGCUUUGCCCAGAAAUGAAGCCAGUGUCAGCCGAUUUCUGCCUGCCCUGUUAAUUGUUCCGCUGCCCUCUGUGCUCCCAUGUGACCUCCUGUCUUUCUUUUCUCCCCAUGCUGCCCCCAGGGAUGUGUCAAUGCACCAAGUUCAUCCCCGUAGUAUCCUCUCUUGCAGAGGUGUGUUCCGAUCCCAGAUCCUCUAGGCAUAGCUCCCUGGGAAGUCUGAAAUCCAAGGGCAGCCCCUGCCUGGCUGUGCGGAUCCCCCGGGCCCAUGAUCGUGUUCUUUGCCAAUGGGCUUCCUCCAUUUCAGCUCCCUCCCCUUCUCUUGCCGCGUGCCUACGGGGAGGAACGUUCUUUCACGUCAUCAAAUCCAAAUCCACUCAAAGGAGAGCAGAAAGACAGGGGCAUAAUCCUCGCUCUGCUCUGAACCAAGGUGUGUACGUUCCCCCUCCGCCCUGCAGAGCACCCUCCGGUGGGGAGGAGCAGCGGGGGAUGUAAUCAAUGCACUGAGAUGAUUUUAAAGGGAAGGGGGGACUUGUCGUCUAUAAAUCAGUGCUUUUCAAUUCCAGCAGGGUUUUCACCCUCUCUGUGUCUGUUUCACAGAAUACAGAUCAGCCCAGACUUCAGGGCUAACACUAGUGCUUUGGGGGCAGUUACAUGUCUUAGGCUGGCCUUAUGUUAAGUAUAAAAAAAAAAAAAUCUACUUAGCCCCAGGCUGGGGAGGAGAAACGUACAGAGGCAUGACCCAUGCUAGCCCCCAGAUUUUUGUUGUUUCUAAUUCAAUGUAUUUUAUCCUUGGUAAGCAAAGGUUUUUGUAUCAAGCUGCCACAUUGUAUAUUUGACACGGCUGGAAAGCCAAAGGGCCUUGAGAUAACAUUGUUUGAUGGGGGGAGGCGAAUGGCACAGAAGCGUGCUGUGUAUGUUGCUCAUGCUCUCUAGUAAGAGAGUCGCUUAUUGCAGGAGGAAACAGAACUGGGGCUGCAGGAAGGGGCCUCAGGCAGCAUUGUAAGUCACCACCCCUAAUUCUAGAGGCUGGUAGAGGUGCUGUAAGUGGGGGUGGGAUGGGGCAGAACGCUGCGUUGGAGCACUCUGGCUCCCCCAGGGCAGUGCUGGUGAAGGGGGGGCAGCAGCUGAACCCAGAGCCGGCUCCCAGCGCCUCCUGGGAAGAGCAGGCUCAGAGCAGGGCGGCUGGAUCAGAAUCCCCAGGUGAAUGGCCAAAAGGGCAGGGUGUGGACAGGGGAACUGUGGGUGCAGCCAGCGUUAACCCUUUGUGUUCCUCCCACAACACUAGCAGCUUGGGCCAGCCUUGUUCACUCAGUGCCUUAAAUCCCGAUGUCCCUGGCAGAUGAUUUGAGUUCAGCACAGCACAUGGCUGGGAGUUGCCCCUUUCACGGGCAGCCCUCCUCAGAUCUGUGCUAUGCCUGUCUAGGAAGGGAGAUCUGCCCAUUCUGGCUGCCAGCUUGGAGAGAGAGCUGCUGGUGAGCAGAGCCCAGCUCUGUCCUGGCUGAGGGCGGGGGCAUUGGCCAGCUGGGGUUAGCUUUGCUAUGCAAAGGGCUGCUGGGUGCGCUGCAGAGGUUAGUGGAUUGGCUCAACGGCCCUCUGUGCAGGACAGACCCGAGAGACCCCUUCCCAGGGGCCAUGAGGGGAUGGCCGUAUAGCAUAAGCUGUAUUGUAUUCUAAUGCUGCAGCUAGUGGGAGCAGCGCAGUUGGCUCCUAGCACCAAAGAACACAAACAACUUGCACUCAAUAAAGCAAAAUACUGUGCACUUUUUCAAGCA